GCCUACUACUCCACGACCGUGACCCGUUGGUUCACGGCCCUGACGGCGCAGCAGCGUGUCUUCAAGCUACCCUUCCAGACUGCUGGAAGCCGAUGGCAAGCGCCGAUCUUGCGGUUGCUGGGCGCCAAAGUGGGCAGGCGCUUCUUCUGCAUGAAUGAGCUUGUCCUUGUGGAUGCGCCCUUCACGGAGAUCGGGGACGACGUGACCGUGGACUACGAUGGGCAGGUGAGAUGCCACUCCUUCGAGGACUUCCGCCUCAAGUUCACCUGCUACAAGAUUGGAAACGGCGUCACCAUCAUGAGCGGCGCCAGUGUUGCCAUGUGCGAUGCCGGGGAUGGUGCGCUCCUCCGCCCAGGAAGCCUCACAUGGAAAGGCAGCAACCUGGUGCCAGGGGGCACCUACGAAGGUGCGCCAGCUGCAGCAGUGGACUUAGAGCGUGCGCUUCCAGGCGGUGAGUGCGGAGAGCGGAGCCAGGGCCAGGAAAAAGGGGCGAGCGGUCGUUGCAGGGUGCGGCGGCGACAAAAUCAGAAGCUGGUCAUGCGG